AUGAAUCAACAACAACAACAACUUGGUGUUAGACUUUUGGUUCUCUCUAUCUUAUUCUUCCAUGUUAGAGCACAGAGUCCACCUUCACAAGAUGCUGUCUCUAAUUUCCAACCAAGCCUUGCUGUUGUCAUAGGAAUCCUUGGUCUCAUGUUUACACUAACAUUCAUUCUUCUCAUGUAUGCUAAAUUCUGUCAACGCAGAGUUUCAGUUCCUCUUGGGGACCCAGAAAAUCAACUACCAAUUGGAAGAUCAAGGUCUAGAUUCUCAGGAAUUGACAAGACUGUCAUAGAAUCACUCCCCUUCUUUAGAUUCUCUUCCCUCAAAGGGUCAAGGGAAGGUCUUGAAUGUGCUGUAUGCUUAUCAAAGUUUGAAGAUGUAGAAAUUCUAAGGCUUCUACCAAAGUGCAAGCAUGCUUUUCAUAUUGAUUGCAUUGAUCACUGGCUUGAACAACACUCAACCUGUCCUAUUUGCAGGAACAAGGUCAAUCCUGAGGACCAGACAAUCUUCACAUAUUCAAGCAGUUUAAGGUUUCUAACAAACCAUUCAGGGUUAGGUGAAGAAUCUAACAUAGAGCUCUUUAUACAAAGAGAGGAAGAACCUCAUGGUUCAUCAAGGUUCAGUAUUGGAAGCAGCUUUAGGAAAAUUGGAAAGGAUAUUAAGGAAGAAGAAUUGCCUAUCAAAGAAGGAGAAGAAGAAGAAGAAGAAGAUUGUGAUGGUAACCAGAAGAGCUAUCAUAAACAUAACCAUAAAAUCACUAUAUCUGAUGUUGUUUUCAAGCAUAGGUGGAGCAACGUGAGCUCUUCAGACCUCAUGUUUUUGAAUUCAGAGAUGCUGAAUGCUACAUCAAGCAACAGAUUCAAUGACUUGGAAUCAAAUGCUGACAUGAUGCCAACUACAAGAGGAGUGCUAGAAAAUGAGCAAAUUAUGAACAUCAAGGAGGAGAUGGAGAGGAAGAUUUUCUUUGAGAGCAAAGUUGGUCCAAUAAACAAGAUUCAAUCAGUUUCACAUAAGGAUCAUCCUUUAACAUCAGGUUCUGAAGCAAAUACAAGUCAUGCACAAAAGUAUGUGAAUCAAGGUGAGAAAAGAUCAAUGUCAGAAAUCACUGCUGUCUCUAGAUUUGGAGAUUUAGCAAUGAAAAAUAGGGUCUUCAAAGAUUCUUCUGUGCUUGAAAACAACCUUAAAGAGGAAAGAAUGAGGGAGCUUUGGUUUCCAAUAGCCAGAAGAACAGCUCAAUGGUUUGUGAAUAGAGAAAGAAGGUCUCAGCAAUCUCAGAAUAAACAACCACCAUUAGAUGUAUAA